AUGGUUUCUAUUUAAUUUAUGAUACUCAAUUGAUUGUGGGAGGAAAAGUAUUAAUUUAUUAUUUAUUUAGUCUCAUCAAUUAAGUAUAGAUGAUUAUGUUAUUGGAACAAUGUUCAUAUAUAUUGAUAUAAUUAUUUUGUUCUUGAGAAUAUUGUAGAUCUUGAUGAUAUUGUUUGGAAAAAAAUGA